AAGUGUUAGACUUUCAAUUUCCCUUAGGGUGAUUUUGUAACUGUUGAAAAGAAAGAUCUGUGGGAAAAUAUCAAAUUUUGAUUCGAUUUGGCGGUUUAUUGUAGUUGAUCUGUACUGGUUCUUUUCAGUUAUUGGAUUUAUCAGUGAUAUAUAUAUAUAUAUAUAUAUAUAUAUAUGUGUGUGUGUGUGUGUGUGUGUGUGUGUGUGUGUGGGUUGAAUCUGGUUAUCUAGAUCUAUAAACAGUGUAUCAGUGGCUGAAGAUAAGAACUUGGGAUGAUUGGAGUGUGGAUGUAACAUUUUGUGGUGAAUUAUACUGAUUGAUAUAUCAUUGGAGGUAUUGGAGAGUUGAUAUUUUGUAUUGAACUGUUAAUGAUUGGCCGCUUUGACUGAAAGUAUAGGACUUUGGCAGUUUAAGCUUCUGGGUUUUGUUUCUUAGGCUUGAGUAAUUUGUAUUUCGGCGUGAAGUUCGUGUUUUUUUGUGAUGAAUAUGGGAUAACCUGGAGAGGUUGGAGGAUUUGUAGAAAGUUUUGCGGUUUUUGAGUUUUGCGAAGGCAAGGAUACAGGACGCAGCGAUGUCUUUUAAGAGUAUGAUUCAAGAUAUGAAAGGUGAGUUGGGGAGCAUUUCGAGGAAAAGCUUUGAUGUUAAAUUUGGAAUGAGAUCGAGGUCUCAGCGGGUGGUUCAGGAUACCUCCUUCAGGAUUAAUGCUUUGAAGCAGAGUUGUUGGGCAAACAUGCCGCCGGAGCUUUUGAGGGACGUGUUGAUGAGAAUAGAGGCGUCUGAUGAUACAUGGCCUCCGAGGAAAAAUGUGGUCUGCUGUGCUGGUGUUUGCAGGAAUUGGAGAGAAAUCAUGAAAGAGAUUGUGAAAUCCCCAGAAGUUUCGGGCAAGCUGACAUUUCCAAUCUCUUUGAAGCAGCCUGGUCCAAGGAACUCCCUUCUGCAGUGUUAUAUAAAGCGAUGUCGUAGCAACCAGACAUAUUAUCUUUUUCUGGGUUUAAGUCAAGCCUCAACUGAUGAUGGGAAGUUUCUUCUUGCGGCAAAAAAAUGUAGACGCCCAACCUGCACAGACUAUACCAUCUCUUUGAACUCUGAAGAUGUGUCAAAAGGGAACAGUGCCUUUGUUGGAAAGCUCAGAUCAAAUUUUCUGGGCACUAAAUUCACAAUCUAUGAUGCGCAACCUACUAAUAGUGGAGCCAAAGUCACCAAAUGUCGUUCAACCAGGCUUGUGAAUAAAGUCUCCCCCAGAGUUCCUGCUGGCAACUAUCCUGUGGCCCAUAUUGCUUAUGAGUUGAACGUCUUGGGUUCCAGAGGUCCGAGGAGAAUGCAGUGUGUAAUGGAUUCCAUCCCUGCCCGUGCUGUUGAGCCAGGAGGUGUGGCACCCACACAGACUGAAUUUCUGCAUGGCAGCCCGGAUAGUUUUCCAUCCAUCCCAUUUUCCAGAUCAACAUCAACCCGCACAAAGAAUUUCUCAUCUCCGCUAGAGUCUGGUGAGAAUGAAGGCAUGCUAGUAUUGAGAAACAAGGCCCCUAGGUGGCACGAACAACUCCAGUGCUGGUGUCUCAACUUCAAUGGACGAGUAACAGUUGCCUCAGUAAAAAAUUUUCAGCUGGUUGCUUCUCCGGAAAAUGGAGUUGCUGCGGGCCAGGAGCAUGAAAAUGUCAUCCUUCAGUUUGGAAAAGUGGGUAAGGAUGUAUUCACCAUGGAUUAUCGGUAUCCAAUCUCAGCCUUCCAGGCAUUUGCCAUUUGCCUUAGCAGCUUCGACACCAAGAUUGCUUGCGAAUGAUCGACAAGCAGGUUGCAAUCCAGAGUCAUAAUGCUUGGACUCACAGUAGUUUGUACCUAAAUCAAAACAUUUUUCUUUUUUCCUUCUUUUUAUUUGUUUUCUUUUUCGUGUUCUUGCAAAGUCUUUCGGGGUUAAAUUAUGGCUUAAACAUCUGUUUCCUUUGAACUAGAAUAUGAUGGACUCCUCUCUUUCUGUU